CUUAGUGUCCAUACUUUUUGCUUGGUCUUCUCUUCAUACUCUAAAGCAAGCAUCUGUUUAUGUAUUGAAUCAUGCUUUGUCUUUUAUUUUUUAAUUGUUUUUGUAUUAUGAAUCAAGAUCAUCUCCUCCUCAGGAAAACCAAUAACUAAUGAAAGUGCAUGUUUAAUUUUUACUUUUUCUUUCUUUCAAGUUUAAUAGUUGUUGUUGUCUUUGUUUUUUCAUCUUCAUUCAUUCUUUUCCGAUCACAUCAUUCAGAAAGAUACUAACAACAACACUUGAGUUUCCGCAACAAUCAUAAUUUUUUCUUUUUAAUUUUGUUUGCAAGCAUUCAAUUAACCUUCGUUGAAACCGUGCACCGUUAUGUUUCUAAGAAACCCUUCCUACACAAACCCAGAAUCCUGCCAGCACCUUGCUGAGUACAAACUCAAGCAUGGUUUCAAUGGUUACAAAGUCAUUCAAAAGUUCCUAGUGACCUCUCCAAUUGGGAAAACCAGUGUGAAGAAACCCAACACAAAGGUACCCAGAUGCAGUUUCUGUAAUGGGUGUGAAGGGAGGCUCUAUUUAUGCCUGAUUUGUUCUUCAUUCUCGUGUUUGGAUCAUACCCUUUUGCAUCCUCAAUCAGAAACUGGUCAUGCUGUUUUUGUGGACAUUGAAAGGGCUGAACUUUAUUGUGGGGUGUGCCGUGAUCAAUUGUAUGACCCUGAUUUUGACCAAGUUGUGAUGUCUAAGCACUCAAUGGGGGUGGCAGGUGGUGCCACUGGGAAUGAAAGCAUUGGCCAGAGGUUGAUCAAGAGGAGGAGAUUGGUUUCUGGGGUUGGAUUGGAUUUGCAAAAAUCUAAGUGUAGAGUUUCCACCAAAGAUCUGAGAGCUAAAUCGUGUUAUCCUAUGGGGUUGAGAGGAUUGAACAAUCUCGGUAGCACGUGUUUCAUGAAUUCUGUGCUGCAAGCAUUGUUACAUGCACCUCCUUUCAGGGACUAUUUCCUGAGUGGUGGACACCGUUUGGAAACUUGUCAUCAGAGAAGAAUCUCGGAUCUGAUGUGUUUGCUCUGUGAUGUUAACGCUAUUUUUUCAGCUGUGUAUUCGGGGGAUCGAAAUCCGUAUAGUCCUGCUCAGUUUCUCUACAGCUGGUGGCAGCAUUCAGCGAAUUUAGCAAGUUAUGAGCAGCAGGAUGCUCACGAGUUUUUCAUUUCAAUGUUAGAUGCAAUCCAUGAGAAAGAGGGCAAAACAAGGAAUGGAAGCAAAGGCAAUGGAGACUGUCAAUGCAUUGCUCAUAGGGUGUUCUAUGGGUUAUUGAGAUCAGAUGUUACCUGUAUGGCAUGUGGAUUCACCUCAACAACCUAUGACCCUUGUGUGGACAUUUCCCUUAACUUGGACACUCAUGUGUCUUCAACAGAAAAGGGUAAAAAGUUUACCAAACAGAAUGAGGAUGGCGGAAUGUCUACACUUUCGGGUUGUUUAGAUUUGUUCACUAGGCCAGAGAAGUUGGGGUCAGACCAGAAACUGUACUGCCAGAAUUGUCAGGAAAGGCAGGACUCAUUGAAGCAAAUGUCCAUUAGAAAGCUUCCUUUAGUACUUAGUUUGCACGUAAAACGAUUUGAGCACUCGUUUGUUAAGAAGUGUUCUAGAAAAAUAGACCGCUACCUACACUUCCCAUUUUCCUUAGACAUGGCUCCAUAUUUGUCCUCCUCAAUCCUCAGAGCCAGAUAUGGGAACAGGAUUUAUACUUUUGGGGGUGAUGAAUCAGAUAUGUUUUCUGAGUUUGAGAUUUUUGCUGUGGUGACACAUUCGGGGACGCUUGAGUCUGGUCAUUAUGUUUCUUUCGUGCGUUUAAGGAAUCAAUGGUACAGAUGUGAUGAUGCUUGGAUAACCGAGGUUGACGAGGCAACAGUCAGAGCUUCACAGUGUUACAUGAUUUUCUAUGUGCAAAAAACUAUGCAGGAUAAAGCGUAUGAAGACCUUAAUCAUGUGCCAAAUUCCCCUGGAAGAGAACUAUUUCAUCCUAUUUCUGGAUGUUGCUAGAGAGGAGUAUAUUAAAGGGAGUACAUGACAAUCAAAGAGUGAAUUACAAUGUAUGUUUUCUAUAGCAUUGAAAGCCAGCUUGAUGCUCAGAGAGGGAACUUAUUUUUUUUCUGAUUUUCCCUCAGGUUUGAAGAAUCACAUUUUCAGUCAACAAGAUGGAUUUGAAAUAUGAAUCUUAAAAGUUCAGACUGUUAAAAAUUGGAUCUGGGAACAAGAAGCCAGGUUGCUAAUUUGUUUCUAAUUAAAUAUUUUCAUGUGGUUAUGUCAUUGGCAGCAUUGAAACAAAGAUCAAGGAGCUAGAAGUGACUCAACUUUUCACAACAUGCUUACUCAAAUUCUUUAAUCGCAGGUAGUCAUGUACAUAACUCUUUUCAACUGAUGCUAACAAAAGUUGUUCAACAACCAUUGUUACUCUUCUGUCUCCACCAACUGAAGUAUGGAGAAAAAGAAAGGCAAGGGCAAAAAGUAGAUUAAGUGGAUGACUGUUUCUAAUUCCUGUGUCUAACAAGGACAGUGUAAUAAUACUCAUGUCCUAUGUGCACAUUGCAUUAUGUCUGCCUUUUAUUGUGAGAAUUCGAAUUACUUUAAUGGGUUGCUUCUUUGGUGCACAAUAGACAAGGGUUUUGUUCAAGACAUGUUUAUUCUUUUAAAGGUGAUGUGAGGAAUAUUAUCGCUCUAACUCGAAGUUAUGUUUGCUGAUUGAGUGAAAAA